UGUUUACAUUGGCAAACUAAUGCGUUUUCUAGCAUUAUUCUCAGAUCCCCAGACGCGCAAAAACCUUAUCAACCGUAGUUUUACCGAUUUUCUCUUCGAUAAUUUAGGUUUUCAAGUUUCCCGAUAUGUUAAAACUUGGUAAAGUGCUCUGCCGCACCGGCCUUCACCGUGCAUACUGUACAGAUUCUACCCGCAUUGAAAAAACUGUGAAUUCCGUUACCUUACUGGGUCGAGUUGGAGCGGAUCCCCAGCGUCGUGGAAAUGACGAUCAUCCCGUUGUUAUGUUCUCCUUAGCAACGCAUUCCAACUACAAGUACGAUUCGGGUGAUUGGAUGCAAAAGACGGAUUGGCACCGAGUGGUUGUGUUCAAACCGGGGCUGCGCGAUUCAGUUAUGUCGUACCUAAAGAAAGGACAAAGGACGAUGGUUACCGGCAAGAUUACAUACGGAGAAAUUACCGAUCAGGAAGGAAAACAACGAGGCACAACCAGCAUAAUUGCAGAUGAUGUAAUAUUCCUGCAGAACCAAUAGCUGUACCAGGAGUGUGUAGUCAUCUCGUUCAUCAAGUGUUAAUGUCUGCCAUUUAUAGUACAUGUUAAUAAAUAUGCAUUUAUUGAAGAGGAGGAUUC